GUCGUGACUUACCGCAUGUCUCUUAUCUCUUUGUGAACAGUGCCUGUGAUCCCAGUUUCGACAAUAUUUUCAACGUUAUUCCAUCUCGAUUUAACAUUUCAAAAAUGUUUUGUGCAGGAUUUCUAUUUGUUUUGGCAAUUGGUCUCGUUCAUGGCGAUGUUUGUUCGUACGUCAUCACACGAGACUGUAAGACAAAACCAGCAGAGGUUGUAUGCGGCACUAAUGGAGUAUCAUAUCGCAACAACUGUUACUUGGCCAAGGCUUAUUGUGCUGACAAUACAAUUCAUAAAGUACAUGACGGCGCAUGCACAACAUCAACCACACCCUCACCGGUACAUGGAAGUGAGCUUGUCCUUGAUAUUUUCUGUUUAGAGUUGAUUCACUUUAAAUGUCCUGCUGGCGGAAGUAAGAUCUGUGGAAGCGAUGGAACAUUCUACGACAAUAUAUGUGAAUUUGACAAAGCACGCUGUUUCCACAGAACUCUCAAAGACAACGGCACCAACUGCUCUUAAAUGAUUUGAAGACGUUUUCGGGAGUUUUCAUUAUAGACAUAUAGGCAAAAUUAAAACUGUUCAAUAGAAUUUCUUUAAACUUGACAUGUUUUAAGAAUAUGAUAUAAGAAUCAUUUUAAGCGAAAAGAAAUUGGGGUAACCUUUCUCGUUUUCAGUCAUAUGUUUAUAUAAAAACUCCCGAAAACCUUCUUAAGGUCACAACAGACACUUUCCGUGGUACUCACAUAAAUGUCAUUUAAACCAACUUACUUAAGUAAUAAUUGUUAUUUAUUUAAUCUUUGUGCAUUAAAUGUCGCUGAUCAUCAUAAUAAAUAACAUAUUUGAAAAAAAUGCCUUUGUAAAUGAUUGAUUUUUAAUAAAAAUCCUAAAAUUUUAAAUCGUCAUACCAAAGUCAUUUUUUAUUUUUUUGUUAUCAAACUUUUGGAAAAUAAACAUACUUAGAAUAUCUGGGGAA